AUGAACGGAGAAGAAUAGUAUAACGAAUAAUAAAAGGAAUAUGAUUAAAAUAUUCAAUAAGAAUAAGAAUUGAGAAAUUAAGUCGAAAAUUUGGAAGAAUAAAUUGAUGUCUUAAGCGAGCAUCAAUAAAAUUGCAUGAAAUAAGGAAAGUAUAUUGAAGCAGAAAUGGCUUAAAAAAAGAUUAAGGAAUUGAAAGAGAAGUUAGAGAAGAAAAGAAAGGAGGAGCUCAAGCAAAGACAUUUAAAUGAAAAACUGGGAGUAGAAAAAGCUCAUCUUGAAGAGUUCAACUAAUUCAAUGAAUUUUGGGAUAAGAAGAUGGCCGAAUUCAAUGAAGAAGCUAAAAACAUAGAAACAGAAUUAAUAUAAAGAUAAGACGACGAAUACCAACGUGUUUCUGAAGAAUUAGAAAAAGCUGUGCCAUUUGUUCCUAAAGAUUCUUCUGAAGUUCUUAAUUUAAUGAAAAUGGAAGAACAUUUAGCAAAGCAAAACAGAUAUUUGGAGGCUCAUCAAAUUCAAUAAAAGAGAAUAUAACUUCAAAAGGAAGAAAGCAAUGGAUGGAACUAACAAAGAUUAGCAAAAAUAAAAAAUUAACUCAACUAGCUGAGACAGAGACAAAAUAACGAACUAAAUGCUCUCCGUUAAAGAAUAUAUUCAGGUUAAGAAGAAUAAAGAAAAAAUAGAUCCAUCGAAUUAGAGAGAUUACUUUAAAAGUAUUAAAAUGUCAAGAAAGAGUUAGAAGAUCAAUAGUAAAAAGAAUUUUUAGCAUUUUAGAGAUCUUUUACAUCUAAAGCCCCAACUAGCUUAACUAUCUCUAGAUAUUAACAAGGAUCAAGAUUUAACAGCACUCUUAAAGUUUGA